AUGUUAAGUAUUCAGAACUACGGCAGUAGCUCCGAGGACGAAGGAGACAGUAACACCGAAAACGCAAAACAACACAGCAACGAAUCCUUGUUGACUCACCUAAAACCUGUUGAUCCUGAACUCUCUGUAGGCAAGAAGAUACAAAUAUGUGCUGCUCCAAUCGUUAUGCCGACAAACAAUGACGAUACAAGGGUUUUAAUACCUAAUAAUGAAGAAUUAACACAUAAUCCAAAAUAUGAGGAACUUUUUGCUCCCACAUAUGGGCCGGAAAAUCCAUUUCAAACGCAGCAAAUGAGAGCAAAUCGAAAUAUUUUAUCAGGUUAUGUAGAGAAGGCUCACAUAAGUGAUUUCCAGUUUGAGAACCAAAGACGUACAUUCACAAGUUAUGGGUAUGCUGUAGAUCCAUCUACAAAUAAUGAAGAGGCGGCUGAUAGUAUAGUUGUAUCAGCAAUGGUAGCUGCCCCAGAAGAGGCACAGGGAAAAUCAGUAUUUGAGAGUAUAAAGAAGAGACCGCUUGAUAAAAGAAAGAGGAAUAAAAAUGACAACCCAGAAGAUAUUACCGGUUUUUUGGGGCCUUGGGGAGGGUUUGAAGGGGAAAAAAGGAUAAUGAAGCCGGAAGGUGAAGAGGCAAAGGAAUUAGAGGAGAUAGUAGCAAAGAGACAGAAGAAAGGCAAGGUGGAUGAUGAGAAACCAUUGGAAGAGAAAUCUAUAUUCCACAUUGAUCAAGCAACUGACUAUCAAGGGCGAUCAUGGGUGGAGGCUCCGCGCACGGAAACGCAGCUGCGCAGUGACAUGCCGCCUGACAAGUGCUUCCUGCCCAAGGCUCACAUCUACACAUGGAAAGGCCACACAAAGGGCGUGGCCGCCGUGCGCUGGUUCCCACAGACAGCGCAUCUUUUCCUCUCUGCCGGCAUGGAUUGCAGGGUUAAGAUAUGGGAAGUGUAUGGUGACCGUCGAUGCAUAAGAACGUACUUCGGCCACCGGCAAGCAGUCAGAGAUAUCAAUUUCAAUAACUCUGGCAAACAGUUCCUCUCUGCUGCGUACGACCGCUACAUCAAACUGUGGGACACCGAGACCGGCGAGUGCGUGUCGCGCUUUACAUCGCGCAAAGUGCCAUACUGCGCUAAGUUCCAUCCCGACGAAGAUAAACAGCAUCUCUUUGUUGCUGGCACUUCCGAUAAGAAAAUAAUUUGUUGGGACAUCCGGAGCGGCGAGAUAGUGCAAGAAUACGACCGCCAUUUAGGCGCCGUGAACACUAUCACGUUCGUCGACGACAACCGACGCUUCGUCACAACCUCCGACGACAAGAGCUUGAGGGUGUGGGAAUGGGACAUCCCAGUGGACAUGAAAUAUAUUGCUGAUCCGACGAUGCACUCGCUGCCCGCUGUCACCGUGUCGCCCAACGGCAAGUGGCUCGCCUGCCAAUCCAUGGACAACAAGGUAUUGGUGUUUAGCGCCUUGAACAGAUUCAAGAUGAAUCGCAAGAAGACAUUCACAGGGCACAUGGUCGCCGGCUACGCGUGCAGCCUCGACUACUCGCCCGAUAUGAGCUAUUUGGUGUCCGGCGACGCGGACGGUAAGUGCUACAUCUGGGAUUGGAAGAGUACAAAAUUAUAUAAGAAGUGGAAAGCGCACGACGGAGUCUGUAUCUCGGCGUUGUGGCAUCCGCACGAGCCCAGCAAAGUGCUCACGGCUGGCUGGGAUGGUGCUAUCAAGUACUGGGAUUAAUAAAACAUGAAACUCAUUGAACCACCUCUUUAAUUUCCCAUAUACCACCAAUCGAAACCAGUAAAAACUAACUGAAAUAAACUAUACA